GGCGAUGAGACGGCGACGACUGACGGCUUCAAGCCAAGCUGCCUUAGUCGCUCAUGCUUAGUGUGGGCGUUGUUGAAUGUUGUGCAAUGUUGCGCGCAUAUUCCUUGACCUUGGUUUCUGCUUUUACUUGAAGACCGACCACGUGAAACUUCGGAACCAUGCUGUCAUUAGCGGGGUGCCAAGAAAUGACUGAAACAAACGAGCUGGCAUCAGCCGGCAAGGUGGCUAUGUCGGGGAAUCGCAACACUUGUGCGGCUCUGUGGUGUACGCCAGAUUCUUUAGAUGCACCAAAGAUGACAGAGACACCGCAUUGCAGUUUCGUGGGCGCAAAGCUUCGCUGUCUCCGCAGUAUGAGUCAAAGCUGACAAAACCAUUGGUGCCACUUCGAUUGAAGAGGAGGAGCAACAGAAGGAAGUGCAUGCAGAUUAGCCAAGCCAGGUCGCAGCUAGUUUGCUGCCCAACGCUGGGUGUAUGGAGAUGGCGAAAGAACGAAAGGAAGAAAGAAAAAAAAAGCAAGAAUGGGAAGGCGACAAGAGUGAUGCACGCGCAUGAGGUGGAGACACUUGUGACUUGCGCUAAGGCCCACGCCGACAUGCCCGAAAAGGUUCUAAAUCACUGGAACGAUCAGAUAGCUAUGUUCACGGGAAUGAGCGAUGCCGAAGUGGUUCUCCUUGUCUGCAAGACGUCGCUCGACGCGGGAGAGGCAUUGUACGAAGAAUUUAGUAACACUCACGGCGAGCGCAACGCUGUCAUGAGCAAGAAGAAGAACGAAGUUCCCUCGUGCCUCGUGGGUCGCGCGUUCUUGCUGGUUCACCGUGGGACUGCUCGAAGCCACCCCAACGACGCACCGCUUUUCCAGUGCAUUUUUCAAAACAGUGUAGUCUUUUGAAGACGAUGGCUUACGGUCCCCAACAGUAUGAACAAACAGCGGCGUACCCAGAUACUGGUUAUGGAGCGCACGGACAGUCAGAGGUCUCUUUCUUCACGGAAAGCGGUCAAUACACCUCUUCCACCGAAACUGACCUGGUCACUCCGCCACAAACCUAGCGCUGCUGGUUACGUUCUUGGUCCUCUUGCUGGUCAUUUUUCUCGGAGUUGUGUUGGCCUUCACCCUCGGUGAGAGCUCUAGUACUACGCAAGGAGAAGCUGAAGGGCACUCCGGGUCCUCCGGGUCCUCCGGGUCCUCCGGGCCCUCCGUGUCCUCCGGACACUCCGGGCCCUCCGGACGCUCCGGGCCCUCCGGACACCCCGGCACUGGUCUGCCGGCGGGAAACGUAGCUCGCGAGACCAGCCACAGAGGAACUACCACGGAACCUCACAUAGAACCAGUGGCGCCAGAAGUCAUCAUACGAGUACCCGCACAAGAUUCGCAGGUCACGACGGAGCCCCCCGUCUCACCACCAACCAUGGCUACGCGUCGGAGUGGCAUGAUGUUCUGCGUCGUGGGCGAUGGCUUCAUGUCCAUAGAGCUCUUCAAGAAGAAAUUUUGCGACUACAUUGUCUAUCCCGACCUCGUGGCCAAAAAAAAAAAAUUCUUCCCCCUUUUCGGGAAGACCUCCUGGGACGUUUUCCGAGCGGGCGCCAAGGCUAACAGGGACGUGGGGCUCGGUCUGAGCUUCACAACCAUGGGACUCAGGGAAAGUGUCAACACGCUGUAUUCCCUCAUCGACAUGGCCCCCCAGCUUGCGAGCUUCGUGCACACGAUGAACGUGUCAGCCAUGGGCUUCCUGAACUUCCCGCGCCACGUUGGCAUAACUACCAGCAACCUCGGGCCGGUGUUCCAGGCUUUUACCAAGGCUCUGGCACGACAGCAUUACAAGGAGCGCAUGACGUUCUUGGGCGUAUGGCUGUACACGGCAGAGACGGCUCGGACGUUUGCGGCUGAAGUGACCGCCCUGCCGCAGAUCCACACGAUCAUCCUUCAGACCCAUCUAUCCCCGCGGUCCCGCGCGGGGCACACGUUGUGUAUAUCUCGGCCUAUAUGCAAGAUUGCUGAGAGCGGCGUAGUUCCCAGCUUUGAGGUCGCCCAAAUCGCCGCAUCUGAGUUGCGGUCACAAGGCGACAAGUUCCGUAUUGUAUUCUCGUCCACGCUCGGCGUCAUGGUCUACGUUGGCCAGGCAGCUGCAAACCAGCCAGCGGGCCCUCACGAGGGGUGCGACAGCUCCUACAUGACCGACAGGGACUUCACGUGUAGCGGAGGCACCACGCCCCUGGGUUUGGAAAUGUACGACAAGGACGAAAAGUACGCCUACGUUGUCUAUCGAGAUGGCCCCAACCAGCACUUUGUCACCUACGAGACGACGAGGUCUUUGCUAGAAAAGAUGAAUCUAUACAUCGAAACACUUUCCGACGGCUGGGCGUUAUUCGAGGCACAUCGUGACGGCGCUCAGAGCUGCGCCGCUACCGAGCACUUCGAACGUCUGGAAAUGGUGCAGUUUAGUGCACGUAAUCGCAGUCGAAGCCGACUUAACUGAUGCGGGUACACCUGGCAGUGUGCGACCACGUGGAGGCCACCGCUCGUUAUCACACGUGCGCACAUGUGUGGCCUGUGCUGUUCGCGCUGCCAGCUGCACGACGACCGAGGGGUGCACAGCCGCUCUCUCGCGGCUACAGUGUAUGUUAGCUACGCGGCAAUAAACGA